GUGAGGUUAUACUUCGCGCGUCUCGGGUUUCUUCCACGGAAAAUUGGCCGGAAAAUUGAUAAAUAUCUGAACAAACAGACGGUAAGAGUGUGAGAAUGAGCUCAAAUAUAGUGGAGGAUACGUCCUUCCAGAAAAUCUACUCGCCGGACAAUUUGGAUGCCUUCAAGCUCGAUCCGAAUGAUAUCCUGUUCAACUACUGGCACAAGAUAAUAGUUGAUGUGCGCGGCGAGGGGAAGAAGUUUGAUGUAAUCGAUGCCCUCUCCACUAUCGUCACGGGGUCCUUCAUCCCUGUGUACUUCCGGCAAUUUGGGCACGAGUAUAUAUUCUACAUACGCGAUUGUGUGCGGGCAUUAAAUGAUCUGAUGCGCAACAAGCUGAAGCUUAUUGGAAAUGGGGGCUCCGGAGACAUCCUGAUUUACUUGAAUGUGGCGAAGAUUGAGAUGAGCCAUCCAGAUCCGGACAGAAUUGUGGCGGAAGUGCUGAAGAGUCGAUGUACGGAAAUGAGCAAGAAGGUCGCGUAUAAUUUAUCAGCCUUGGAUCAGGACAAGAAGCUCAAAAACAUCGUGUUUCGCCUCUCCUUCCCGGGAAACUUCGAGAAGGUGUGCAAAUUCAUCAAGGAUUCCUCAAUUCCUCUCUCAUACACCAUCGAGAUGCGCUUGUACAGGAACAACUUGCAGGAUUUGAAGCCUCUUCAGAUACUGCAGGAUUUUUACUUCGAGCAUUUGGACAUUACCAACAAUACUUUUCCUGCCGAAUCGCUGGAAUCUUUGGCACCGCUGAAAAUCAGGAAUCUCUGCUGCAACUACAAGUUAAGGAUUGUGAAGGAUAUCCUGCCGAACGUCGAGCGCUGCAAUAACACUGUCAUUUUCAUACCUCAGAAAGGUCACGGAAUUCCGGAGACUCACAGAAUCCAGGCUAGUAUUAAUGCCUUGGGUCGGAUGCCCAUCAAUGAGAAGCGAAGUGACACCAUAAUUCAGUCUUCUUCGUCGUCUUCCAACAAAGUUCCGGCACCAGACAAUUCCUUGUGCGUUCAGUUGGCCGAUCCCACAUUCCACUUUCCCACGUCUGGUGUUCACUGCAAAGCCGGGAUCAAUCUCAACUUUAUGCAGUUCAACAACAAUUUGUGGCACUUCGUGAUGAUUAUUCACAAUGGCUGCUACUCGCGUCGGGACAUCAUGAACGGAUUAUAUGCGCUGAACGUGAAGAGCAAUUGCUUCCCAUAUCACUACAUCUAUGGCGAUCGCGCAGACACUUUCUAUCUGCUCGACUCUUUCAACGUAAUGCACGAGAUAUACCAGAACAACAUGACGCUCACCAUUCCAGAGGCGAAUGUGACGCUCCAAGUGGAGUUUCGGCUCAAUGUCAUUGCUACAAAGAAGCUGGACGUGAUUAGGUAUGAGGUGGCGAUUGAGAAAUCGCUCCAGGAGCGAGUGGAUGACGCCAAGAUGACGCUGGAUCUCAGCAAUUAUGCCGUUGCGAUGGAUAAGCACGAUUUUGUGUACGAACUGCGCAAUCCGCAGGCCAUCACGACGCUCUUUGCGUGCCGCAUGGGUCGCUUAUCGGCCCGUGUCAACACGAUCUUGUUGAAUGACAAUGAGAUCACAUCUAUAAAGGACGUGCUGCUGCUGCUCUCCGCCCAGACGCUGGAUCUCAGCAAUAACAAAAUUGCCAAUCUGGAGGAUAUCUUUAUAAUCAACAGUGCGAACAUUACGAAUCUGAAACUGAAUGGUAAUCCACUGUGCAAGAAGUACACGAGCUCCUUGCAGUACAUCAGCGCCGUGCGAGGUGUUUUCUCUGGCCUGAAGACGCUCGACGGCGUGGAUGUGGCGAAUGACGAUGUGACGAACGGCUACAGAAAUUGGGUGUGCAAUCUGGACUGCUACAGCUUCGUCACGCAGUUUGUGACUCAGUACUUUAGUGUGUAUGACUCGUUGCAUCGUGGGAAUCUCAAGGAUCUCUACUCGAAGCGUGCCAUUGUCACUGUGGGCACGGAUUUCACCAAGAUCAAGAUGAUGACGAUGCAGAGGCAAAAGUGGCAACAUUACACAACACUUUCGCGCAAUAUCCUGAACGUGGCCAAUUACAGGCAGAAGAAUCAUCUCGUGUAUGUUGGCUGGAGUGCAAUUUAUGACGCGUUCUGUAAGCUUCCGCCCACGGAACACGAUCGUGCAAGCUUCGGUGUGGAGGUGCCGAUCUACACCAGUGAGAUGGCCGUCAUCACGGUGUACGGGAUGUUCAGGGAGCAGAUCCAGAGUCUGCUGGACAAGGAGCUCACGCUGGGCUUCUCGAGAACCUUCAUUUUGCGCCCAAUCGAGGAAGAUUGCGGAUUAUUUGGCGGAGGAGUGCGCUACUUUAUUGUGAAUGAGAAGCUGAACGUCUUCAAUCCAACCAUAAUCCAGACACAGAAUGCAUUCAAAGUGCCACAAGAAGUGCAGGAGAAGCCAAAGGAGAUCACAGAGGAGGAAGAGAAGGAAAUCACCCUCAUGUACAGUGAAUGCACGAAUUUAAAGCCAGGAUGGAGCAGAAGGUGUCUGACAAGGGUGAAUUGGGACUUCAAGCUGGCUCUGGAGGUGUUUGUGAGUCUCUAUGAGGAGAACAAGAUUCCCGCCAAGGGCUUCAUUGCCAACCCCGCGAAGAAUGCAUCGCACUGAGUGGAGGGGAUUAAAAGGGAUUUUGAAGUGGAAGACUGUGUUUCCCCUGUUUC